AUGCAAGAAGUUUUGUUUACAUACCAUCAACGUCUGGAUCAACCUCCUCCACCACCUUCACAACAGUCGCAUUUACACGCGUCGACUCCAACACCAACUCCCUUGAGUAAUAUGAAAAGAAAACAAUCAAGUGAAAGUGAUGAUCCAUUUAAAGAUAGAAGUUGUAAAUCGAGAAAAGAUGCAUCUACAGCAAAUUUGUUACGGCUACAACAAUCGCUUUCUAAUAGUACAUUUAUUCGAAAUUCAAAUUUGAGUAAAUCAUACAAACAUAACGAAACAACAGAAGUUGCUAAUAAUAAUUUGCAUGACACUACUUUUUCCCAAACAACAGAAACAGAAGAGUUUGUGACCCCAAACCAGUUAGAUGAACAACUAGAGGUGGCAGGACGAGGAGGAAGAGGAGUAGUAGUAGAAGAAGAACAACGAGAGGAAGAAGAAGAGGAGGAAGAAGUCACUUUAGAGGUACUAGAAAACAUGCAAAAAUUGGAAACCAAUUUCCCCAUAUUGGCUACUGACUAUAGAUUGAUUGAUAAAAUUGGUGAAGGUACAUUUUCCACUGUAUAUAAGGCAGAAUCUUUAACGGGUAAAAUACGAUUAGGAUCUGAUAUUUGGAAAUCACCACCUUUAAAGAGAAACAAACGAAACAUUCUAAAUUUCCAACAAUCAAGGAAAAAGAAUCCUAUAGUUGCUUUAAAACAAAUCUAUGUCACGUCUUCCCCCAAUAGAAUAUUUAAUGAAUUACAUUUGCUUUAUAUGCUUUCAGGGAAUUCUCGAGUUGCUCCAUUGUUAGAUGUUUUACGUUUUCAAGAUCAAAUAGUCGCCAUAUUACCUUACUAUAACCAUUGUGAUUUCCGUGAGUUUUAUCGUGACUUACCCGUUAAAGGAAUUAAGAAAUAUUUAUGGGAAUUAUUUCAAGCUUUAGAUUAUAUUCAUGGUAAAGGUGUUAUUCAUCGUGAUUUAAAACCAACGAAUUUUUUAUAUGAUCCGUUUAGGGGAAAAGGAGUAUUAGUUGAUUUUGGACUAGCUGAAAGGGAAAAUAUAUCGAAAAAUACCAAACCUGAAACUUCUACUACGUCUUCUUCAGGCACGGCCACUACAACUACUACAGCCACAACUACAACCACUACUACUACCACCACCACCACAAAUUCUUCUACUGCUUCAUCCUCGGCAAUAUCCACAGCAUGUCCUUGUUUGAACAAAGAUCAGAAACUUAUCAACCGAACCCAUACUAAACGUUUAAAUGUCAAGGGAGCCUAUCCAAAAAAUGAUAAUAGACCACCAAGAAGAGCCAAUAGGGCUGGAACUAGAGGUUUUAGAGCACCAGAAGUAUUAUUCAAAUGUACUAAUCAAUCAACCAAGAUUGAUAUUUGGUCAGCCGGAAUCAUUGGUUUCUCCAUUUUACUUAGAAAAUUUCCUAUAUUUAAUUCACCAACUGAUACUGAUGCCAUAUUAGAAUUAGCAUGGAUAUUUGGGUAUGAUAAAAUGGCUAAAUGUGCUGAACUUCAUGGAUGUGGACUUGAAAUCUCCAUGCCGGAAAUUCAUAAAUCAAAUGGUAAUUUAAUUAAAAUCAUGUAUGAUUUUUUAAUGCAAGAACAUAUUAAUGGAUGUUUCCCAUCUGAUAGUGUUGUUUAUGAUACUUUAGAAUUAAUAAAUGAACUGGGUGAAAAAUUUGUUAAACCGGUUUAUACUAUACGUGAAGGAAUUUCUGAUAUUGAAAAAAUGAAAAUUAAUGAAGAUUUCACAAAGAGACAUGAUGAUUAUAAAGAUCAUAAAUAUUUAAUGGAACUUUUAUAUGGUUGUUUUAAAAUGGAUCCAUCCAAGAGAUUAAGUGCUAGAGAAAUAUUACAAUUACCAUUUUUCCAUGAAAUUUUACAAAUCAGUGAAGAUGACACUCAAGAUGAGUUUAUGCAACAAAAUCAAACUCAAACUCAGGAAGAAGAAGAAGAAGAUGAAGUAAUUUUAUCUUAG